CGCGAUGGCGGCUGCGGCGGCUCUGGGCUGAGGGGGAGCGACCCCCGCCCGGCCUCUCGUCUACCCGCCGCUGCUUCGGCGCGAUGUCCUCGGAGGGCAGCGGCACGGCGGCGGCCGGACAAACGCCUAAGGCUAAGCGGAAAGGAGGAAGAAUCGUGCAGUCUCGCUACCUGCAGUUCGAUAAGAAACACAGCAAGAAGGUGCCGAAACAGCCAAGCUCAGGCGUCGCUCAGCGAAAGGCAGAAAAGGAUGCUUCGUCAAGUUCCUCUUCGUCAAAUAGUUCUCUGGCAUCUUCUAGAACUAAAGCAAGUGCGGUUGUCUCUCAGAAUCAUGAAACUUCUGCUAGUGUGGACCUCAGCUCAUUGAAUCAGGCUGGUUUUGAGAAGGGUGACUUGCAGUCCACUUUAUUAGAUGAAGAGAAAAUGAAGCUACCAGAGCUUGAUAUUUCUGAUAUUAAUGAUAAAAGUGACCCCAAGAAGAGUUCUUAUUCAGAAUCUGCUUCAGAUGAGGAUUCAGAGACACAGAAAAUAAGUGGAGAGACUGAUGAGGAAACUGAUUCUUUUGAUCCGCUGGCAGAGCUGGAAUCUGAGACACUACUUUUAACUUUCCUAAGAAUAAAGACAGAAAAAAAGGUUGCCAAGAUGGAGGAAAAAGCAGAAAAAAACUUGUUAAUGAUGUGUGAAGAGAAGCGGAAACAACAGGAGAAGCUCUUGGAGCUGAAACGUGAAAUUCUGCUCGAGGAGAGAGAGCAGAAGCUCAAUGAAAUAUUAGAUAAACAGAUAGAAGUGCUGUCUCCCCUCGUUGCUGUGUGUGAACAGUUUAAAGAGCAAUACAAAAGCUUUGCAGCUUCCCUGGAUGCUACCAGACACGAAUUACCCAUAAAGAACAUUCACAUAGAAGGAGAUAAGCAAACCUACCUUGAUGAACUGGAAAAGCAAUUAAUGAUCACACAGGAGCUUCUGACAGAAGUUAUGCCAGACCACUCAGAGGAUGGUGCAAAAGCACUUGGUGCACUGAAGGAGCUUCAAGAAGUGUCUCAGCAACUGAGUAAAGGGCUUCAAAGGAGCUUCACAGAUGUGCAGAACCUGUCCUUUGAAGCCAGUAAAGAAGUUUCUCUGCAUAACCAGUACUUGUGUGAAGAGAAGCAUGGAGUAGAUGUUGUGAAACGCUGGUAUUUCAACUGACUUUCUGUAGUGUUUUACUACUGGGUAGGUACUAACUUAAAGCCAGCAGACUUCUUAUCCUUUUAUUUCUGCUGUGGACAUCCAACUUGCCCAGUUUUUCAGUGAAGCCAGCAGCAGGGGUGCUCACUGAUACAGGAAUUGGAGAAUUGUUCUACAGCCUGUCCCACAGGGAGACAUCACUGCUUGCUUUUAAUGGGGAUUUCUGUGACAGGUUUUCCAUCCCUUUCUGCCCUGACAGAACUGAAAGGUAAAUGAUAAGAAGUGUUAUUCCUGGCAAAUCUGACCUGUGUGGUAAUUACAGCUUGAGCAUUGGUUGCUCACUGAACAACUUCUGCAGGAACUCUGAUCUGUCCCAUAUUUCUGGAUGUGCUGGGUGGAUAUAAAGCACUUGCUUAGAAGGAGCCUGGUCACUUUAAACGAGUGAGAAGUUUUGGUAACUUCUCACUACUUCUUCAUUGCCUAAUUGCCUUGUAAUUAAAUUAUUGAAAUUACAAAUGCUUUUGUAUAAACCUGACUAAUCUUUAAGGAUUUUAUUGUUUUUAAUAAUAAAGACUAUUCUCCACUGCUCUA